GCUCUCCCUCAAUCUCCAGACUAUGUAGCCCUCGCUCUCGCCGUGGGCUUCCCGACGCAGUUUUUGGAUCGUAUAUGUCUUUGCUCUCAAUUGCCGCGGAAUCCUACACUGCCUUUUCUCUCUCUUUUCUCCUCCCCCUCUUGUGUCCCUUGUACCAGUCGCUGUCGAAUCCCAGCUCUCCACCCGCGUGCGACAGCUUGCCCACGGCUAGCUUUUGUUCGUCUGCGUCGUGAGCUGGAUCGGCUCUCCUCUAUAUUUAUUGUUUUAUAAAAUUUUCUCCUCUCUCCCUUUCCCUCUAUAUCCUCUUUUCUUUUGUUUUUGUCGGAUUCCUCUAUAUCCUUAGCUACCCGCAUCGAUCAUGACUCCUCGUCGCUCCUCUCGUGCUCGCACCUCCCAACCCUCGCCCGCCGUUUUUCAACACACAAAUUCGUCUAGUUCCUCCAACUCCUUGACUCGAGAAAGGAGCACUAGGUCGAACCACAAAAUCCCUUCUCCCAACCGGUCUCAGUCCAUCGACGAUGCAGAUGAGGGCUCCAAGAAUGACUUCCCACAAACGCGCCAGCGCCAGCGCACCAGAGGCGAGGAGGACAAUGGUAUAAACGGUGAUGGCGAGGAGGAAGAACCGGAAGAAGACGACGAAGAAGAGGUGACUCGGUGCCUUUGUGGUCAGCAGGAAUAUCCGGGUCUGCCCCCUUCUCGUCGAGAGGCUCUCGGUCGCAACGGGGUUCAUGGCAGACUCAAGGAUGAGUCGACUCUGAACUUGUCCGCAGAUUCGUCGGACCUGAUGUCCGAUGAGAUUGGCAGCAUGUUCAUCCAGUGUGAUUCCUGCAAAGUUUGGCAGCACGGUGGCUGCGUGGGCAUUAUGGAUGAAGCGAUGAGCCCCGACGAAUAUUUCUGUGAGGAGUGUCGGAAAGACCUCCACAGAAUUAAAAACGAACCCAAUGGACAACAUUCAUCCACAUACCUCCCUGUUGUACCCCCCUCGACGGCAGCAUCAUCUCGGGAAUCCUCACGAGAUAAUGCGAAGCGCUCCAAGGAUCCAAAAUCUCGCGGGAGCGACUCAGCCGCCAAUCCUAAACGUCGCUCGACCAUGAACAGCCGUGACGCUGCAUAUGACGAAGAGGAGCUGAUCCGCCGUGCAAUCGAGGAGAGCAAGGAAGACACUAGUCCAGCUGCGGAAGAUGCAGCCGUUCGGAGGCCUAAACGGAGUCGCAGUGAUAGCGAAGCUCAAAAGCAGGCCCCAAAACGACAGCGUACAAGCUCCCCUUCCCCCGGGGCCACCUCGAAGCAGAGCAUUCCCGGUUCCCAACCUGCCUCGGACGAUGAGAAAACAAAGGCAGUCACAAAUGGGGUCCGAAGGCAAAGGGCUGCAUCUCGAAGUCAACGUGACAAGGAGACAAAAGAUGCCGAAGAGCCCGAGGCGGAAAAUCCGGAGACGACAACUCGACGGAAAGGGAAGACCGAUAAAAGGAAAGGCGACGGGACCGAUUCCGACCACGAACCGGGGUCACCAACCAAGCCGCCUGCGAACGACCCUGCGCCUCCGCAGCCCAGUCCAGAGCCGCCCGCCCCUGUUCAAGAACCUGCGCCUCCGCGUCCCUCCACCCGCAAAUCCGGUCGACCGCCUGCACGCCGAACUCGAGUGGGACGUAAUCAAUAUACCAGAGACCGCGACGUCCAUACCAAUGGGGGCGAUUCGAGCAUUAUGGCAAACUCUCCGCGGCGCGGCCAGUCGCAUGACACAGGCGGGGAUUCGCCGAGAGUGGGCGGCGCAAAUGGGGCGCAUAUAAACGGGGGAGAGACGGGAAAACCCAGUCGGCCUCGCUACGUGAAUCAGCGGACGACUUUGAAUGAAAUGAAGAGACGGGUUGCGGCAAUACUGGAAUUUAUAUCACGAAUGCAAGUGGAAAUGGCUGUCGCCGGCGAGAGUUCCACCACGCCACCCGGUAACGGGGAACGACCCAAUGGCAUCAUCUUGAAGGCCGUGGGCGAUCAACUCGAAAAUGUGCUGCUAUCGACAGCAAGUGAGGGCGAGUCCGCUACCGGCACCGCCGACAGUGACGCUGGCGUCGGGCAACCUGCGGAGAAAGAUUUCAAGGAUCUUACUAGUGUUGAGAUGAUGGAUGUUCUCACACGGCAUUUGUUAAAAUGGCAACAGGAGUACGGUAAAUUUGGAGAACGGUGACCUCACCGUCCGGAUUGUUCUCCUCUUGUGACUCCUCUUUAUCGCCUCCAUUUCCGAGAUUUAUCUAUACCUUCUUCCUGGGCAGCCUCAUCCCAUAGCGGGAGGGGCUUUUGAUACGCACGAUACCCUGUUUGUCUCUUCUCUUCACAAUGUGGAUAUGUAUAAUAUGGCUACUGGAGCAGCAUCUUGAACCGGAUCCGGUCGUGGCGUUUUUACAUGAGUUCUUAUGGCAACCGGCCUUCUGAUUUUUUCUUCGGAUGAUCUUUUCUUCUCAUAUUGAUCCGGCAUGCCGGCGUUAUAUCCAAUCUCUUGCCUUCCUUCUUUUCUCGCUUGGUGUGAUCAGGAGUAUAUUGAUCAAGAACUUGCAUGGCUCUGGCUCUCUGUUUGAAUUUGUUUCUUUAUCUUCUUUGUUUCUAUAUUUAUAGGUAGUCAUGGC